GACGGUGAGGACGAUUUUGAAUAUGCAACUAAAAGUUUUGGCAGAGAAUAUUACAAAAAACGGCGUCUGAGGCUGUAUGAAUGCUACGAUGAUUCAUCGGAAUCAUAUGAGGAUGAUGAUGUUGAGAUUGAAGUGGAAGACCAGUGGAGCACUGAUGGUAACGAUAUUGAAUGGGAUAAUAUCAGCGAUAAUGGCGAACCGGAAAAUAGCAAGGAGCAGCAGCAACACACUUAA